AUGGCAUCAUCUGGCUCGACUGGAAGUUUUUCUAUUGCAAAUCGAACAAGUAAUAUCUUGAAAUAUCAAAAAUUGUUUCAGGUAAGGACUUGUUCAAAGUGUCUUUAUUUAAAAAUAUUGACUAACAUGUUCUUUGCCUCUCCUAGGGAGGCGACCAUGCAGCACCUGUAUAUUUACGAGGUGGUUCUCGAGACAAGAUGAUUUACAAUAUUGCAAUGGGUUUUUCUGUUGUUGGUGUUGGUGUUACCCUUGCUACCAUUUAUGCUAUGGCAUCUGGAAAAUUGAAGAAAGCAGCCUAA